AUGGCGUCAGCCUUGUUACCGAAUCCGGAACCGGUGAUGUUCUCACCGCCAUGGCCCCCUCUCCAGGCACCAUCACGGGCAUGGGGCGAAAGCUCGCCUCCAUGGCCCCCGCUCCAGGCACCAACACCGGCAUGGGGCGAAAGCUCACCGCUCCAGGCACCACAACCGGCGGUGAGGGGCAAAAGGUCGCCAUUAUUGACUCCGCUCCGGGCACUGCCACCGGUGUGGGGCGAAAGCUGGCCGUCGGCAUCGACUAAGAAUAAUGCUAAAUGGGUUGCUGCGCUUAGUACUGUUGGGAUUGGAAUUCCAGUUAUACUGAUUGCUGUGGGCAUUUUGAUCUGGUACAAGAGGAAGAGACGCCAUGCAUUGGCUGCUUCCAUUACAGGACUCCAAAGCCAACAAUGGCAGCAAGAUGUAUCUCCGCCAACACGCGACACAAUUGCAAUGCUGCAAAGACCCAGUAUUCCUCCCCCACCACCAUCUUCAGUUGACAACAGUGUUGGCCUCGACAAGCAAAGCUCUGGCAGUAGAUUGGGUUACUCAAAGACUAUAUUUACAUAUGAAGAAUUAGCAAAGGCAACAAGUGAUUUCUCUGAAGCCAAUUUUCUUGGUCAAGGAGGCUUUGGUAACGUCCUCAAAGGAGUCUUUCCAAAUGGGGAAGAGGUUGCAAUCAAGCAGCUCAAAGUUGGAAGUGAACAGGGGGAUCGUGAGUUUCAGGCUGAGAUCGACAUUAUUAGUCGUGUUCACCACAAACAUCUUGUUUCUCUGGCUGGCUACUGCAUUUAUGGGGCUCAGAGAUUGUUGGUCUAUGAGUUCGUCCCAAACAAAACAUUGGAGUUCCAUUUACAUGAAAAGGAGGGACCUCCUUUAAGCUGGGGAAUUAGGAUGAAAAUUGCUUUAGGCUCUGCAAAGGGAUUGGCAUAUUUGCACGAGGACUGUCAUCCCAAAAUCAUACAUCGCGACAUCAAGUCGGCAAAUAUUCUUCUUGAUUACAGUUUUGAGGCAAAGGUAGCAGAUUUUGGUCUUGCUAGGUUCAAUUCUGAUACUGUUACUCAUAUCUCCACCCGUGUAAUGGGAACUUUCGGUUAUUUAGCUCCAGAGUAUGCUCUUACCGGGAAACUUACUGAAAAGUCAGAUGUCUUCUCCUUUGGGGUUGUGCUUCUAGAGUUGAUCACUGGUCGCCAGCCUAUUGGUAAAGCUCAAGUCUUCUUGGAUGAAAAUAUAGUUGACUGGGCGAGGCCUUUACUCACAAAAGCUUUGGAAGACAACAAUUUUGAUACUCUUGCUGAUCCAAGGUUGCAAAAGGAUUAUGAUUCAUUUGAGAUGGCUCGGAUGGUUAUUUGUGCUGCUACCUGUGUACGUCAUUUGGCAAGACGCCGCCCACGAAUGAGCCAGAUUGUCCGAGCUUUGGAAGGAAACAUGUCUCUAGAUGAGUUAAGUGAAGGUAGUAGACCCGGACAUAGCACAGUGUAUUACAAUUCGCAUGAAAAUUCGGAUUAUGAUAAAGCCCAGUACAAGGAAGAUUUGAAGAAAUUCAAGAAGAUGGCACUAGGAAUUAGCCAGGAACAUGGUGCUAGUGAAUGCAGUGGAACCAGUGAGUUCGGUGUGAAGUCAUCUGUCUCCAGCACUAGUGAAGGUCAACAAACUACUCAAGAGAUGAGCUCUGGCAGUGAUAUCCAACAAAGUAUCCGAGGUGGCACUGCAAACCAAUGAAUUGAAGAAAAAAUGCCGCGAAAAACUCCUGAAAUCAAGAUACGCGAAGGUUAAAGAAAAUGUUCAGAGAAAUGGACUUGUAAUCGACAGUUGAAAAUUGUUCUGCUUGAUGCAUGGUUUAAUAAAUCAGAAGAAUCAGGUAGAUAGAUGACCAUGGUCCUUCAUAUUCACUCCAAGUU